AUGGACCAUGAGGAACAGUUCGAUGACAUUCGUGUGGUCAGUAUUGAUGCCGGAACGGACGAAGGCGCCGACAUAACUAUCGAGUAUAACACCAAGCGAAUAACUGUCUCAAUCUUCGCAAGUUCAACACAAGACAAUGCACAUACUGGAACUUCGGUGGAAGAUGAGCUCAUCCGGCUUUUAAACCAAGCGGUCGAUGCUGCAGAUGAGGAUUAUGAAGACUUGAUGAAUAAUGCGUUGGAUAGGGUCCUUGAUCUGGCGGGAGCUACGUUCUCUGAUGUAGCGCCCCGCAUAUGUGCUUCCCAACAAGCAAGCACAGUCCUACAUGCACAUCUAUAUCCAGAUACGUUUGACUUUCGCCUGCAGACAAUAGAUAGAAAGGUAUCAAUUUCGCAAAUUAGUCCUGACGAGAUGCUUUGCGUGCCCGAUACUGCUCCUGAUCCCCAUUUUCAUACCGAUUUUGAACCGGACGACCACCUCCCGUUCUUCUCAUCCGACGAAAUAUACAUUCUUGAAUCGUUUGGCAGUGGGAAUGGGACCGUCAGUAAAGUGCAAGUUGGCAGCAUGGAUAUGCUCUGUAAAGCUCGGAGAGUUGGCCUUGGGGAUAUUGGGCUUGAACAAGAGCUCAAAAGGCUUCAGAUGAUCCGAAAAGCAGCCUGA